AUGUGUGGUGCAGUGGGAAUGAAUGGGAAGAAAGAAUGGAUGGCCCUGGUUGUGUCAAGGAAAGGAUGGAAACUUGAGAAUUGGGACUUGAAGAUGAGAAGCAAAGUCCACAAAAAGUUCCAGCAAGAAGUGCUGAGCAAAGGACAGAGCCCCAGAAGAAAACGAAUAUAGAUUCUGAAGAAGUCUGCCGCAGUACCUGGGGGGUCUGAGAGAUUGGCUAUGACCUCAGUGCUGUCAGAGUAUGUGCGAGAGCUCCCUGGUUGGUUCCUCUUCUUUGGAAUCUUCUUGCCAGUGAUUUUGCUGCUAUUUCUUCUCAUUGCCUACUUCAGAAUCAAACUGAUUGAGGUUAAGGAAGAACUUUCACGAACUGCUGAUUACCAAUACAAUAAGCGACAUCAACGAAUGUACCAUCGCCUGGCUCGUUCUUCCCGGCAACAGAGAAUGAGAUGAACAUGACUGUUGGCAAAAUAGUUGUGACUAAAACACAAUGAAUUUCUAUUGAUCAAUGGUUCAGCUAAUAAAGUAAGUUGG